AUGUCUCGCUCUGGUGUAUCUCAACCAGACAAGGAAGCCUCGCCGCGUUUCUUCAGUGGGUCAAUCCCUGGCCUCAACGCCGUCAAGCGCCAAAUCACGCGGAAUCGGACGAGCUACAGCUGUGCCACCUGCAGAAGACGCAAAGUUAAGUGUGAUAAAGGCCAUCCAGUAUGCGGAGGAUGCAGAAAAGCCAAGGAGCAAUGCAAGUACGGCCCGGAUGAUGCGUUAUCGGCCAACCCCCCUACCAGUAUCGGUGAUGAGGAGAACAAUUCACAGCCCAAAAAGAGGAAAAUAAGUCCUCCAAGCCAGACGUCAUCGACUUCUCCGUCAGCCUCUACCUCUAAUGAAGUGGCCCCCCCGGCGCAGUUGAAGGCAAUCGAAGAGCAAUUAUAUCGCCUGACAUCAAUGAUCGACUCUCUGCGCCAGAAGGCUUCUAAUGAUAUCCAAUUUCAAGAUUUGCUCACGCCCAUCGCGUCGAGCUCGGACAGCAACUCCCACCAGCACCAAGGCUUAAGCCUGGACAUGUUCCAAAAGAAGGCUCCGCGACCAGUCAGGGAUACGAGUGAGCUUACCACGCCCUUUUCCGGCUUGAAAUUGACUCCCGGCAACCGACUGCCUGACAAUCCUUUUUGGAGUCACAUUUCCGAGGAACUUGAUCAGCUCAAUCAAUUGAUGCGAGGUAGAACCAGCGACUACGUACGUGCCGCAGGCAUUCAGGACAAGCCACUCCACCAAGAUUGCCCACGCAUAUCUAACGGACAUCCUACGAUGGAGAGGGAUGACUUCUGGGACCCAACCAGCUUCCGCAAACAAGCCGGCCAAGACGUUCCCCACAGCUACGAUCCGGACAGCGAUUGUCCAGUGUGUCAGAUGAUGCCCUUCGCCAAAUCCACUCUGCUUCAAGGCAUCCCGAUCAGAUGCUCACCGGCGAGCGCGAAACACCACCUUCUGAAGAAUAUGCCUAGCAGGACCCAAAGCAACGUCCUCCUCAGAUGCUGGCUGUCUGGGGUGUACCCGAUUAUGCCAAUAUUGAACCCUCCCGAGCUGGUGGAUAAGCAUGAAGCUUUCUGGACGGAUAUCGAAACCUUUCAAUCCGCCGAUACAAAUCCCCCGGAUCUUGAUUUCUUCGCCUUGAUAAACGCGGUAUGGUAUACCGCUUCACUGAGCAUUUCCGCCCAGGGCCUCCAGCAUUGGUUCCCAGAAACUUCCCGAGCCAAACUUGCAUCCAGCUUCCAUGACCAGGUGGUCUUCAGCCUUCACCUAGGGUCAUUCACGAGGAAUAUAACCUUGCAGAAGCUAGCGGCUCUUAUCCUUCUUAUCUCUUUGCCUAUCGCAGAAGAGGAUCCGAUACAGGCUAGCCUAUACAUGCAUCUGGUCGUUCGGCUGGCGUCCACUAUGGGUCUUCACAGGGAGCCAACCUUGUUCGGUGUCUCCGUGUCUGAGGAAGGUCUGCGCCGCCGGUUGUGGUGGCAGAUCAUCCAACUGGAUGUGUCAUUUAUUGCGGCAUGCGGCUUUCCGUCACAGAUCUCCGAGGCUUUCUGUGACACGAACAUAAUCUGUGAAGGUCGGGAUUCGGCUCUUGACGGUGAGGAUGGUAAUGGUGUGCAUUCGGAUCAGAGCCGAAAGGUCUCCCCGUCCAGUGAUGAUUACGACGAACAAUCCAAGAGGUCAUCUCAACGGACGCUGAAGCUCAUUGGCAGGGCAAGGUCGAUCGCGGCUUGUGCCUUGCGCAGCGUUGUGUCCACUCAUCUCGGGACGAAGAUGCUUACCAACACAGACAUGCAAGAAAUGAAACGAGUGAUUCAGGAAUCGGGGGAUGAGGUUGAUGCUAUCAUCAAACUGAUCCCUGCCCGAGGUUUACCUGAACUUGGUUUCGUUCCGGAUGGAGCGAAAGACAAUUCGCAACGUGCCCUGGACUGUGACCCAUCGAUGGCUAACCCAGUCAGCACCAACGAGACGACAUACUACAAGACGUACUCGGGCGAUGAGGCAGUGUCCGCUCCUCUGGCACGUUACCACCGGCAGAAGCUGACGGCCUACAACAAGUGGGCCAGGAUCAGCCUGUCGAUGCUUAAGGACAAGAUCGCAUGUGUCGCCUAUGCGCCUUUCUUGAAGAACGCAAAGAGCAAACUAUGGAGCGUGGGUAGGCAAUGCGCGCUUCACAAUUGCCACAGUUUCAUGAGGAAGUUCAUCUCAUUGGCGACCGAUCCCGAACUGGAGCCAUUCCGAUGGACAUGGCCUGCCAUGCAUGGGCCUCUGCAUGCAGCCAUGAUCGCCUUGGUCGAUCUCUACGAGAGACCGGAUAGCGUCGAGGCACCCAGAACCAGGGAGCUCAUUGAUCGGAUAUUCGCUCUGUCUGCUCCAGAGUCAGGCAUUGUGGGUGGUCCCAAUGGUGUCACUGUGCAGAGACCGUUGCGGGAAGGUGGCCUCGAGGCCUGGGAUAUGUUGCGUGGACUCCGAUCCGCCGCAUGGCAGAAAGCCGGACUGGAUCCAACCGUACUCUGGACGGAGGAUGAUCAUCUCAAAAUCGGUCUUGCCAGUCCUCUCACGGAUAGUCAGAAGAUGGCGCAGAGCAUGAGAGAAGACACCAUGUACCAUGACCAUGUUGGAUACACCAUGGACAUGAACAUUUUGAUGAAAGACAGCAAGUCCGAACCCAAGACCACGGAGGAUGGUGUUCGCUACAUGGUUAGGCUGGCUCAAAUCGAUGUGAUCGGGACAGAAGAUGAAUCGCAAGGAUAUCCCUGUACGCGUGCCCUGCGAAACCAGUAUCUCAAGGAGAUUGAAAAUGAUGACCGUCUCAACCGCCGGAAUCGAGGUCUUGUCCGGAGGAGAGGCCAGCAAGCCAUGCCGUUCCCGUUGAGUGGUCGAAUGGAGCAGUGUUCGGGCAAAGUAGCUGCUGGUCCGCUCCCACAGGAUAGUUUACUACAACUUAACGGACACCUCCCGAUAGCCGGACACCACACCGGACGCCUUUCCGAUGCUGCCCAUGGAGAAAUCCGUGCGAGGCAGGGAGAGACCAUACCCUUAGGUCUAUAUCACGAUCCAGGUUUGCAGGACCACCGGCCGACUUCAGGGUCUACAGGACCGCCAGGCGUCCAACCAGAUGCACAGACAAUUGAACCACAAGCGGAUGGGCCUGUUGUCGUGAAUGGCCUGAAGAAUGGCUAUAGCAGCAAUCCACAUCACCAGCAAGUAUAUGACAUGCAGAGUCACCAACAUGGUCCAACCCCCGAGUUACACCAUGACGGAUCACCCGUCACCGACGGUGAGCUCGGGUUUGACUGGGAGCGCUGGGAUGCCGUGUUUGGCCAAUAUUCCGGCUUCACUGAUUUGAUGGAGGAUGUGACGUGGGCGGACUAUGUUGAUGAGUGA